CUCAUCGCGACCGUCCGCCAGUUCAUUCCUUCCCCGUAUUUCCGAUUCGUCGCAUCCAACAUCUCCGGCACCGGGAUUCUUCCUCUCGUCGUCGUUGUUUGGCCGUCGUUUGGCACUCUCGAGAGCUCUCUCUCUCUCUCUCUUUCUCUCUCUCCUUGCAGCUCGUCCCUAGGUAAGUCUUGACCAGUGGAGGAGCAAGAAGAAGAGGAUCCUCGAAAUCUUCGAAAACCUCGCAGCAUCCUCGAGGACCACUGUUUCUUUUCUGAUCGAGAGUAUGAGGGCCAUCUAUUUGCUCCUCCUCGGCGUUGUCGCCGUGAGUGCUCAGCGUCGUUUAGCCUUGCCCGAUCCGCGAAGUUGCGCGAACCGCGUUCGUCAUGCGACGUACAGGGACGGCAGAGGAGUCGUACACUCGUACUUCUUCAGUUGGGAACAUCAGCCGACCAGGAAUCUCGAGGUAGACUGGCUGGACGCUCGCAACAUCUGUCGUCGUCAUUGUAUGGACGCCGUGUCCCUGGAGACGCCUCAGGAAAACGAAUUCGUCAAGCAGAGAUUAGCGAGAGGAAACGUGAGAUACAUUUGGACGUCGGGCCGUAAAUGCAACUUCAAUGGCUGCGACCGACCCGAUCUUCAGCCCCAGAACAUUAACGGAUGGUUCUGGUCAGGAUCUGGCGCCAAGAUUGGUCCAACGACUCAGCGCAACUCCGGAGAUUGGAGCAACACCGGAGGAUAUGGUCAACCACAACCAGACAAUCGUGAAGCUGCACAGGGUAACGACGAGUCCUGCCUGUCCAUUCUGAACAACUUCUACAACGACGGCAUCAAGUGGCACGACGUGGCAUGUCACCACGUGAAGCCCUUCGUGUGCGAGGACAGCGAGGAACUUCUCAACUUCGUCGCAUCCCGAAACCCAGGCAUCCGUUUGUGAAAGGCGAAACCGCAGACGGACUCGGGCAAGCAAGACCAUCAUCGUCCAUCGAGUGCGAGAAUUGAACGCGACGGUACUUCACGCGCACCGCGUACUCUCUCCCUUUCGUCGUACGUUUAUUAUUUAUAAUUUACACUAACCGAUACUCUCUCUCUAACGGGCCGCGAUAGUAGUGCUGCGCAAUUCACCGUAAGCGAAAUAUCGAUUUCGGUUAACUCGAAGUAGGUGAUAAAUGCAUUUAGUGUUGUAUACGCGUAAAUUUCUUGUAAUUUCUUUUUGUAUCCUUUUCGUACGAGAAUAAAUGCAUUUUCUCAUUUGUA